AAUUCCGUGCUCAUGCACGUAGCUGUAGAUUAAGCUUGAUCGCGAGAUCAGGAAAUGAUUCAUUUCAUAUUGAUUGCCGCUAAUUUUCUCAGGGCGAGACCAUUCCUCGGUAGCUCUGUAACAUAUUCUGUCAGGAUUUCAAUGCCUCUGACCAGCCUCCAACGUGAGCGUUGCACCAUCUUCUGAGCGGAGUGGGUACUUUUAGCUCGAUGAGCCGCUUUUUCUAGUCGGGACCGAAUUCACCCGAACAGGGCUGCACCCAAACAGUCUGCGCAGGUCGGUCUAACUCAAGGAUAGUUAGGCAAGGUCGUCUGCACAGUAAACAAUAACAGUAAAUACUGACAGUAGCUAUUAUGUUUGUGAGAGUUUUCAUGUGAGUCAAAAAACGUGAUUUUAAGUAAAUAAAUCGCAAUGGAUCCAGCGUUGUUACGAGAGCGAGAGCUCUUCAAGAAACGAGCGUUAACCACACCAGCUGUAGAAAAAAAGAAAAGGGAACCAGAAAAAGAAUCACUCCGCGAUGAGCCUUCAAAAAAGAAAAGUAAGCCUCCGUCUUCAUCAUCUUCUGCACCAAAACUUGACAUGGUCAAUUACAAGACCAUGUCGGGUAGCUCUCAGUACCGCUUCGGUGUAUUGGCUAAAAUAGUAAAGCAUAUGAAAUCCAGACAUCAGGAUGGAGAUGAUCAUCCUCUUACACUCGAAGAAAUCUUAGAUGAGACCAAUCAGCUGGACGUUGGUUCUAAGGUAAAACAAUGGCUGCUAUCAGAGUCCCUGGUUAACAAUCCAAAGAUAGAAGUUUCUCCAGAUGGUCGUUUUUCGUUCAAAGCCAUGUACAAAAUUAAAGACAAAAAGUCUCUAUUGAGGUUGUUGAAACAACAAGAUUUAAAAGGCCUUGGGGGUAUUCUUCUUGAAGAUAUUCAGGAGAGCUUACCCCACUGUGACAAAGCCUUAAAGAGUCUGCAGAAUGAAAUUCUUUUUAUAACGCGUCCGAUGGAUAAAAAAAAGAUCGUAUUUUACAACGAUAAAACGGCCCAGUUCAUAGUAGAUGACGAAUUUCAAAAAUUGUGGAGGGCUGUCGCCGUGGACGCGAUGGACGACCAAAAAAUAGACGAAUAUUUGGAGAAACAGGGCAUUAGGUCGAUGCAAGAUCACGGGCCUAAGAAACCGGCGCCCAUAAAACGGAAAAAACCAAAUGCGAGGAAGAAGCAAUUUAAAAAACCGAGAGACAACGAGCAUUUGGCUGACGUUUUGGAAACGUACGACGAUAAUAAAUAACGACAGACUUUAUGAAUGUAUAUUUCUGUAAUUGCCUUGUUAUUAUAUGUAAUCGGUCAUUCAUUCGUAUUACGAUAAGUAAAAAAUAUUAUUAAAACAGA